AUGGAAAUGGGGAAGUACAAAAAAUUUAUGGAAAUGUUUACGAAGCUCCAAGUUAGUAAUCCAUUUUGUGAAUCUUUAGAAAAAAUGUUUCUAUACGCUAAUUUCAUGAAAGAGAUACUCCCAAGAAAGCUUAAGUUGAAGUAUUAUGAGAAUAUAGCUUUGACUAAAGAGUGUAGUACUAUCAUUCAAAGGAAUCUUCCACUAAAACUCAAGGAUCCGUGGAAAUUCACUAUUAGUUGUACCAUUGAUAUAGUUGAAGACACGGUUGAGGAAAGUUCUCAAGUAAACUCAUUUUUAUCACCAAUAGAGAGGAUCCAACACAACCAGCCAUCAUCUGAAAUGGAAGAAGAAAAUAUCAAGAGAUUCUUGAGAGAGAAUAUGGAAGAAUUGGGAUGGAAUGUUACUAACUUGAAAGUGAUAACUCCAGCUUAUUGUAUUCAUAAUAUCAAACUUGGGAAAGAAUUUAAAUUAGUGAUUCAACCUCAAAGAAUACUUAAUCCUACAAUGAAAGAGGUUGUGAAAAAUGAGGUGUUGAAGUUACUUGAAGCAUAUAUGAUUUAUCAUAUAUUUGAUAGCUCUUCGGUUAUUCUAGAUCAUGUAUUCCCAAAGAAUGGAGGUGUCACUGUCAUCAGAAACGAGAAGAACGAGUUAAUUCUGACUCAUACAGUUAUCGGGUGGCGAAUAUGCAUUGACUAUCAGAGGUUAAAUCAGACAACUAAGGAGGAUCACUUUCAUCUACCUUUCACGAAUCAGGUGUUGGAGAGAUUAGGGGGACAAGCAUAUUAUUGUUUUCUGGACGACUAUUUAGGGCACAAUCAGAUUCUUGUAGACCCUGCAGAUCAAGAAAAGACAACGUUCACAUAUCUAUUAGGAGUUUUUGCAUACCAAAGGAUACCUUUCGAGUUAUGCAAAGCUCUAGCUACUUUUCAAAGGUGCAUGCUUUCUAUUUUUUUUUAUAUGAUUGAAAGCUCCGUUGAGAUACAAGAGUUUGACUUGGAAAUCAAAGACAGGAAGGGAGUGGAGAAUGUAGUAUAUGAUCAACUAUCGAGAUUGGACAAUUUCAAAGUGACUCAAAAGGAAAAGACCAUCAUUGAAGAUUUCCUGAAUGAGCACUUGUUAUCCAUCAAUGAAAGAUUGUGGUUUGAAGACAUGGAUAACUACAAAGCUACAAAAAGUGUCCCUGAAGAGUAUACCUCGCAACAAAAGAAGAAAUUCUACAAGGAAGUUUACUUUCAUUUGUGGGAUGAUCCCUACUCGUUCAAGGUUAAAGCGUCUUCGUGUAUAGCUAAUGAUGCCUACUAUUGUUAA